CAAAAUAAUAAAUUAUGUGAAGGAAAAUCAGUAUUACAUCAUUUAACUUGGCAAAAUUCUACAGAAUUUAUAUACUUUAUUGGAUGUGCAAAUUGGAAGUUUAAUAAAAAAUAUCAUCAAUUUAUGCGUGUAUCUUUUGAUAUAAAUAUAAAAAUUUUAUCAGACUUAUUUAAUGGAAUAUAUGAGGCAGAAAGUAAUCAAUGUCAACCUACAAAUACAUGUUAUACUGUUUUUUCUAAUUCAUCAAAGAAAAAAUAUUGUGGUAAAUAA